AUGGAAAAGGACCGGUCGAAUGUAGUACGAAGUGCUGCCCGCCUCUCGCUUGUACACGAGACUUCACCCCGCCCCAUGCUGCGGACGCACACCUUCCAGGAUACCAGCUGGCGAAGGAAUUAUGUGUAUGAAUGGGCCAGCCUUGAGUCCGUCCCUUACCUGCACGGCCGCGGCGUUACAAAAUACCGAGGGAAUCUGCUGGGGAGUAACGCCAGCCCGCAGCCGCAGAAUAGCGUCCGAUCGCUUCACAGAGGUUGUUCAGAGGUUCCGGAGAGCUCGAGAGCCGUAGAGGGGCAGGCGGAUAUGAGAAAGGUAUAUGCUGAUAGUAGGUAG